AUGGCCAUUCAAUACCUACUAAUUCUCAAUCGCCAAGGCAAAACAAGACUAGCCAAAUGGUUUACCGGUUCAUACAAUGAGGAGGAGAGACAAGGGCUCAUAGAGGACGUUCAUCGGCUUGUUUCGACUCGAGAUCUGAAAGAUCAAAGUAAUUUUGUGGAGUUCCAUGAAGGAAAAUUGGUGUAUCGCAGAUACGCUGGGUUGUACUUUGUGAUGCUGAUAGAUUUUGUGGAUAAUGAGUUGUCAGUGUUGGAAUCGAUGCAUUUUUUGGUUGAAAUUCUCGAUUCUUAUUUCGAUAACGUUUGUGAGCUCGACUUGGUGUUCAACUUUCACAAGCUAUACAUGAUUGUCGAUGAGAUCUUCCUAGGCGGCGAACCACAUCAAAUGCUGAAAAAGCAAGUUUUACGGAGACUCGAGUAUAUUGAUAGUAUAUCUCUGUAG